AUGGUGUCGGUAGCUACGUACGUUUUCUUGGAUCUUGAAACCACCGGUAUUCCACGUGAAGAGACGAAUCGUACAAAAAUCACGGAAUUAAGUAUGGUGGCGGUAAAACGACAGCAUUUAUUAUUGACCCGUGCUGGUGCCACCCCUAGAGUACAGAACAAGCUUACUAUUUGUUUUAAUCCUUGUAGAAUGGUGCAGCCGGGAAGCACAACUACUACUGGCCUUUGCAAUGAUCUCCUUGAGUAUGAAACAAAAUUUAAUGAAGACGCUUUCAGUGCGAUAAACUCAUUCCUUAACAUUCUUACCAAACCAGUGUGCCUAAUCGCUCAAAAUGGGCACAAUUUCGAUUUUCCAAUUCUUAAAAAUCAUUUAGUGAAAUUGUCUGUUAAAUUUUCCGAUGAUCUUUUAUGUGCCGACUGUUUACAUGCUUUUUACGAUAUAUUGGAAAAAGUGAAAAUACCUGAGUUGUGUAAAUCUGUGAAUGAAGAAAAUAUAGAUAAAAGUAAUGAAGUGGGUUUAACAAAGACGAAUCUAGAGCAAAAAGUAGGUUCAGAUAAGGAAUUUGAUGACGAAGACAAGAAAAAGUCCAUGCAAGAAAUAAAUGAGACUACUCCGAAGCAUCAAAAAAUAAAAAUCACUGGAGCACCAAAAAUGGUUGAUAGGCAGAGACUGUCUAAAGUGCGCAGAAGAUUUCCUUGGUGUGAAGGAACAAAACCAAGAGAUAGUUACAAAUUAAAGAACCUUUACGAAAGAGUGUUGCAUCGUCCAGGUAUAGAAGCUCAUCGUGCUGAAAAUGACUGCAUAAUGGCUUUAGAAGUGUCUGUGGCCCUGGCUAAAGAUUUUGUGGAAUGGGUUGAUGCUAAUCACUGUUUAUUUACUGAGGUAAAACCAAUGACUAUUGGAGUAAGACUUGGUGAAUAA